AAGGACGGUAAGGCUAGCCGAAUGCUUGAUCUUAUUCCUUGUCUGUUUCACUGUAGUAGCUGCAGGGUUUUGAGGGUGGGAUCGAGACCGUGAUUUAUCCAGGCGCCGCAGUUUUGCUAGGGUUUUGCCUCCAUAGCCGAGCGCCCGAGCCUUGCCGCGCCCCGAUUCCAUGGUCGGGGGAGGGAAUUCCUAGCCCAUAUCCCGACCGUAUGAUUGGCGCUACCAUCUUCGCGGAAGGAAGAGGUGGGGCGGGGUUGGGCGUAGAGAAGCCAAUCGGCGCGGAUUGGAGUAUAUUAAUGAAUGAGCGCAGAGAUGGACACAUCAAGCCCUGCAGCACUUGUCAAUGCACAGAUGCUGAACAUGUUUGUUGGGCGAAGAGUGCGCACGGUUGUUCAAGUCCAACACAAUGAAGGUGGAGUGCUUGUCGGGCAGUCCACCGAUGGCCAUCAGUUAUGUGUCAAAAGUGCCAUGGACGUCCCCGUUUCACACUUUAUGGAGGUUUAUGGAAUUGCUGAAAACAGCCAGACCAUCCGUGCUGAAGUUUGCACAGAUUUUGGUCCCAACUUUGAUCCCAAGGUUUUUGAUGAGUUGUGCAAGCUGGCGAGUGGCAGGUUCAAGCACUUGUUCCUGUAGAGAUAAUCAUCGCAUGGAGGAUCUUCAGCCAACUGAAGCUUGUUUGAAACUGAAUGUUUCGGCUUUAAAUUUAAGAUUUGGCUACAUGUUCCUUCAUUGCAUGGAGGACCUUCAGUACCCUGUUACUCGUCAUUACUGGACUUCUAUUAGCAUGUAUAAGCAACGUAGGACUGCGAAUACAAGCAAAAUAUGUCAUGUAGUUGAAGAACCUAUGGUUUUUUUCUACCUUUAGGCAAUCCAACCCUAAGCUAAGCAAAAUAUGUCAUGUAGUUGAAGAACCUAUGGUCUUUUUCUACCUUUAGGCAAUCCAACCCUAAGCUUUUUAUGUUGCU